UUGUUCUUCCUGGUUCCGGAAAUGGCGUCACAAAGGCGCUCGCCUGUUCUAGAGAUACACGUUGCCAAGCGAUUGUAUCCCAGGGCAACCAAACAGUGGUCAUGUAGCACACUUGGCUGUGUCUGGGUUCGAAUGAGAGGAAGAAGGGCCGGGAGGAAAAGGAGGAGGAGAAGGAAAUAGGAGGAAGAAGAAGCCGCGAAGGGAGGCGGUAGGGAAGGAAUAGGCAAUCCCAGCCCCUUUCUUAGAGCUUAUCAGCGUGAAGAUGGCAGCGCUGUGUGCGGAGGAGAGCAUUUACAAUCUUCUGCCAAGGAUUGUGGAGAAACCUUUGAAGGCACCAAGGUAUGGGAUAUGUAUCAAACUUUACACCAUAUGUGAAACGUACAAUAGAACAAAGUAAAGCACAAUGGAAAACAAUUGGACCAGCAAAAGUUCAGGUGCCCGCUCCAAAAGACUUCCUCCGGAAACAUUCAAAGGAAACAAAGUUACCAAAGAGAAAGAAAGAUAAAGGCGGUAAGAAAAUGUCACAGUCAGCUGUGCCCAAAAUAACAGAUCAUCCAAUUAUGGGAGUUCAGUGUACCAAGAAUUUUAUAAGUACCAAUGCAGCUAAUGUGAUCAUGGGAGUGGCUAAGAAACCACAAAAACUUUGUGUUGACAGGAAGCAAGGAGACAAAUUUGUCCUUGAAACAUCAGGACUUCUUCCAAAAUACCUCAAGAAAAAGGAUUAUGGUGUUACUCCAAAAUAUGUAAUUAAGAGAACAGAAGAGGCAAAAAAAGCUCAGGAAGCAUAUGAUGCCUAUGUCAGGGAGACCCUCAGGCAAAAGGCUAUGAAAAGGCUCUCUGAUGAGGAGAGGGAAAGUCUUCUGGAGGGCCUUAAGAAAAACUGGGAAGAGGUGCAUCAGGCAUUCCAGAGCCUUUCAGUAGAGAUCGAUACACUACCAAAGAAGCUUAACAAAGAGAGGCUGGAGACACAGAUGAAACAGUUGGAACAUGACAUUCAGACAAUUGAAAAACACAAAGUGAUUUAUAUUGCAAACAAAUGAGGACCUCAUUAGAAAAAAAAAUAAGAAAUGAGGACAAAGUUUACUUUCAAUAUUGAAGAAGAAAACACCUAUAUAUUAACAUGUAGAAAAAUAUUUACAUUUUAACUAUUCUCAUAUUUUACACUGCAGUAGUUUUUUUAAAAAAUUAUUAUUUAUUUUUCUGAAAUAAAUAGUUUAUUUUUUUCCAGAUUGUUCAAAUUGCUGUAUCUUACAUAGUACUCUAAAGCUUCAGUGGUCUUUCUAACAUGUCAUCAUAAAUAGUCAUAAUUCAAAGAGACAUUUAAAUGUUAAAAGGUGGGAAUGGCAUGCAAGAUACAGUAGUUAAUAAAAUGUGCUAGUAAUUUCCUUAAGACUUCAUGUUUCUUCUGUCUGUGGUUUAGUUUUUACAUUAUAGCUUUGUUCAUGUUCAACAAAAGCUAGGA